AUGACUUCUCGACCUUCGUCCAUAUCUUCCUCGGUCACUUCUAGACCUUCGUCCUUUUCUCAUCCUCCUUUCAUUGAUUCACCUUUUUCCACUAGUCUUUCUUCCUCACCUACCACAGGGCCCACCACUACAGAUAGUGCGUCAUUGAAUACAACGAUCAAGUUACCUUCAGGUACUGUAUAUAUUGUAUCUUACAAAUGUUGGCUUUAUUUUCCUUGAUAAAGAUGUGUUUAGGUAUUGUUUUUUGACAGACUAGCUGUGUAGUUAAUAUAUAAUAUACAAAUAAUGAAUGUUUAUGAGUGCAAUGGUAAGAAUAUUUUCAUGAGGUGAAAGAUGGAAUGUUUCACCCAUUUAACUUUUGAGGGGGGAGGGGGGUGAUUUUGAAAAAAAAAUUUCCUGCAAGGCUAUUCUGGACAAAAAAAAAUACCUGCACUAACAAACUGGGGAAAAAAUAUCCUGCCCCAGUAUUUGGUGGGAAAAAAUGUUGCAAAACAGCAUGGUUGCAGGGAUCGAUUUGACCAGUCCCAGAAGAUCAGCUGGUUUGAUUUUCAGGGACUGGUGUAAGGUUAAUUUCUCGUUGGAAAACUCCUCAAAAUGCAGGAAAUAGCUUAUCUGAGCUCAGUGGCGCCGUGGGACCCUUGUUUUUUUGGGAGGGGCCAAGGGCUGCACUUUUCCGACAAACCUGAAAAUAAUUUCCGACAGAAAUUUUUCUGGCGACCCCGUCGCCAAAAAAAUUUCGGUCAGUGUACCAUUUUAGGGGUCAAAAAUUUUUCCGGACCUACCAAAAUUUUUCGUUACAUCUUAAAAUUUUUCCGGAAAUCACCCAUUUUCUCAAUUUAUCAAAAAAUUUCCGAAUUUACCAACGUCGGAAAUUUUGCCAAUUUCCGACAACGUUGUCAAUUUUCAAAAAAUUUCCGACAACAUUCACAAUUUUCCGACGGGUCUUCACGGUAGGGGGGGGGCAUGCCUCCAGACCCCUCUAGAGGCUCGCACCUUCGGUGGUCGACUCAGUUGUUGCUGCCCUAUGACGUAUACUUAUUAGUUAAACCAUGCAUAUAUAUGCUGUAGGUAGCUGCAGUGAUACAGACAGGGCUGUAGCAAGGGGGGUAUUGGGGGUGGUUAACCCCCCCCCCCCCAACUUUUUUAGAAUCAACAUAUUCAGAAAAUCGGGUUGGCCAUUCGGAAAAUUGCGGCAAUUAUUUAAUAGUAGAACAAAAUUUUUGUUGUUAAACAGAGAAAAUAUUAUAAAAUUGUAUUGUCACUAUAAAUUGUAAGCAAAUUGUAAAUUUCGUCAUACUAAAACGCUUUUUUCUGACCAUCAGCAUUCUGUCAAAACUUCCCCCAAAGUCCAGGAAAUGGCAUUUCAGAGACUCGAAAUUUCCUCGGGCCUCCGGCCCUCGUUUUCUGCCCCCAAUAAACAAAAGCUCCCUACCGCACUGCUUCUGUAAUAUGUCUGUGCGUAAAUUAUGCAUAUUUUUGUUAAUUGUAAAUUGCGUCUUCAUUUUCCGAAUAGCAAACACCUUCAUGGCUAAUAGUAUGCCAUGAUAUAUUCGGAAAUUAUUUUCGUCAUUCGGAAAUUUUUGGCCUACACCCCCCCCCCCCAACUAUACAUGCUAGCUACGGCCCUGGAUACAGACUUGCCGACUGGAACUUCUCCAGGUCCCCCGCUAAUUAUGUCCUCUCCAGUUGCACAUCCUUAAAAAAGGCACUGAACCAAAUGUUUUUCCUCAUAGCAAAAUGUAUUAUUAAGAGCAAUGCAUGAAGCUAAAAAACUCAACGUUAACUAUAAUCUAAAUAGUAUAAGCUAUUGAAAAAAAAAUGCUGCGAAAGAAAGUGUGGCAAAAAAAAAUCGUACAUGGUGAUGGUGAUAAAAAAAAUAUCUUGCACAUAACGAUCCCAGAAAAAAAUUCCCUGCCAGCAGUAAAUCACCCCCCCCCCCCUCCCUCAAAAGUUAAAUGGUCGGCCCCUUAUAUAAUACCAGAGUGGACUAAUAGAUUUGUAUGAGAAGCAUUUUGAGGGAUGUGAUUUAUCGAAAACACAAAGAGUACAAUUGUACUAUACGUUUUGUUCCAUUGCACUCUCUGAGAGUGCAAUGGAACGUGUUCCAUUGCACUAUUGGGAAAUGGAAUUUUCUAUUCAGUAUCACGUGACCAUAAACAGCCAAUUAAACGAUCAGAAUUCAAUAAGGUAUUAUAUAAUACAUAAUUAUGUAUGUUUUUAUAAGGGUUGUUGUUCCAUAGUUGUUGAACUGGUCAAAGUUGUGGGUAUCAGCAGUACCCAUUGUAAAUUGAUCACGUAAUCGUCAAUACACGUUUUAGUGUUUCAAGUUUCACCUUGAGUUCAAUAUAUGAGUCUCGAACCUCUUCUUAUUUCAAAUAUUAUAGCGAGGUUCAGAUUUGACUACCGCUACCUUUCGCUGACCUUUUGCGCAUGUGAUUGGUUAAUCGGCUAGAUUUAAGGUAUCCGAUUGGUUAAUGUUCUCUUAAUGGUAGCGGUAGUGUUAACUAGUGGAAAUCAAAUCUGAAUAUCGCUAUUGAGUCCAAGACGGUGUUGUUUUAUAGCCGCUCUGUUACUGACUGUGUUACUAUUUUUUAUCAUUUACUAGACGCUUUGGUUGUGGUUGACAACGGGAAGUGUGUCGCCGUUGGCAAAUCCGUGCCUCUCACAAGUGUGCACGGUCAAAUAGUCCCCGAUACCCAUAAAUGCAUUUUGUUGACCUGGGCUCAGGAUAAUUACCUCGCACCAUUCCCAUGUGGAAACAGGGAUCUGAAAGAGAACUUAUAUUUUUCAAAAGACUCAUUUUAUGCUGUACCACGUACAAUGUUGAGACAGCUUAUUCGAAAGAAUAACCAAUAUUCUCUUUCUCCAAUUAGUUAA